ACCAAUUCUCUACACACAGCUGAUGGACAAAAGGGACGGAGAGUCAUGGCCAACGAACGAGAGAUCUGGGCGCCCUUUGCCGAGAGGUACAAAGUCCACGAGGAAUCGUACGAGUUUGUCAAGCAGAUGCUGGCAUCCAACAUGCGAUUCCACCCCGAGCUUAGCGUCGAGGAAGCCAGACAUCAGGCCGAGGUGAGGGCUAAACUCAUGUGCGGGGAUGUCGAGUUCCAGGGUGAAGAUACAGAGAUUAUCAUCCCGUCGCCUUAUUCCAGUGAGGGAAUUCCCGCUUCUAUUUAUAAACCAGCGUCGUCGCCGGAAAUUCCUGUUAUUUUGGUGUACUUUCACGGCGGCGGAUUGGUGGUUGGGUCACGGAAUCUUUGUAAGGGGCCGCUGAAGAUUAUAUCUCAGGAAUCGGGUGCUGUUGUAGUGAAUGUGGAGUAUCGUCUUCUGCCCAAUCCCGAUGCUGUAAUGGCGCCGUUUGAUGACGCGGUGGUAGCGACGAAGUGGGUGUUGGAGAAUAAGGAAGUCGUUGGCGGGAAAUCUGAAAGUAGAGUGGGCGUUGGAGGGGAUAGCAGUGGGGGUCAGAUCGCUGCCAGCGUGACCAAUGACGUCACGGGUCUGGAUUUCCAGAUCCUCAUCUACCCCAUGACGGACACCACCCUCCGACACGAAUCGUUCCGAGAGUUCAAGAACGUCCCGGUGUUUAACGGAGACGCCAUUCAAUGGCUCUUCAAGAACAGCUUCCACCACAUCCCAGACUAUACAACCAACCCGCGUGUUAACGCCAUGGUGCGGACCAACACGGAGGCCUCACCCCCGGGGCUGAUACUGCUGGCAGAGUUGGACCCCCAAGUUGGGUGCGGCCUUGACUACGCGGAGAAGUUGAGGGCAGCUGGGGUCAGCGUGCAGGUCGAGGUCAUCCAGGGCGUGCUUCACUCCUUCUUCACCCUGAGGCAGGUCUUCAAAACAAAAUCGCAAGAAGCGUAUGCCCACAUUGUGAGGUUCUUAAAGAAAUGUCAAGAAGAUUAACAUUUUUUUCUGUUAAGAUUACAUUUUUUUCUUAGGUAUUUCAUCCGUUAUAUUGUAUUUGUUUAUAUC